CGUCGGGCCCCCAGGCGGGGUGACGGCCCCCAGGCGGGGCGACGGCGUCGGGCCCCCAGGCGGGGCGACGGGCCCCCAGGCGGGGCGACGGGCGUCGGGCCCCCAGGCGGAGCGGCGGGCCCCCAGGCGGAGCGACAGGUCUCGGGCCCUCAGGCGGAGCGACAGGUCUCAGGCCCCCCAGGCGAAGCGGCGGGCACCGAGUCACCAGGCACGACAGUGGGCUCCGAGUCAACUAGCAUGACAGCGGGCACUGGGUCACCAGGCAUCAGGUCAUUUGGCUUACCAGCGGGCACCGCGUCAUCUGGCAAGGCAGUGGGCACCGGGUCACCAGGCAUUGGGUCGUCUGGCUCGACAGCGGGCAUCGGGUCACCAGGUCAUUUGGCUCGCCAGCGGGCACCGCGUCAUCUGGCAAGGCAGUGGGCACCAAGUCCCCAGGUACGACAGCGGGCUCUGAGUCAAUUGGCACGACAGCGGGCACCGGGUCACCAGGCAUUGGAUCGUCUGGCUUGACAGCGGGCAUCAGGUCACCAGGCAUCAGGUCAUUUGGCUCGCCAGCGGGCACCGCGUCAUCUGGCAAGGCAGUGGGCACCAAGUCCCCAGGUA